AUGGCUACACACACCUUUGCCUUCCUGUGCGCCUUGGGCGUCUUCGCUGUUCUUCAGGUAAUCACCGAAGGAACAGCCGCAUUCUAUUCUGACCCAGUUGAGAUUGUGAAGAAGCAUAACAACCUGAGGAAGAAUGUCCAGCCUACUGCCAGCAACAUGUUGGAAAUGAGCUGGAGCAGCGAGGCUGCAGUCAAUGCUCAGAAAUGGGCCGACACCUGCGCCAUGGACCACAGCCCUGACAGCGCCAGAGUCAUCAGCACUAGUGGCUGUGGAGAGAACCUGUACAUGUCGAGCUUCGAGAACUCCUGGAGCAACGCUAUCCAGAGCUGGUAUGACGAGAUUAAGGACUGGCGCUACGGAGUGGGAUCUACCAAUGGAGGAGUGGUCGGACACUUCACACAGGUUGUCUGGUACAGGUCCAACAAGGUUGGCUGCGGAGUGGCCCACUGUCCCAACUCUAAAUACAAGUACUUCUACGUCUGCCAGUAUUGCCCACCUGGAAACACCCAGCUGGCUCGCCCCUACCAAUCCGGACCCUCCUGCGGUGACUGCAGCAAUGCCUGUGACCACAGACUGUGCACCAACCCCUGUCCCUACAGCAACCAGUACAGCAACUGUGCUGAUCUGAAGAAGCAGUGGACCUGCUCCAACAGCCAAGUGGCUUCUUGGUGUCAAGCCUCCUGCAAGUGCACCAAUGAGAUCAUUUAAAUGCAACAUUUCUGCAUCCGUUCUGACUCAUCAGUCAGUUUCAAUUAAAGAUACU